AGCCAGGUCUCGCGAGUCUCUGGCGGCUCAACAGUGAUCGCGCGUGAACAGCACAGCUGUACUGAGGUAACCAGAAAACUGCGUUUUUUGCGUCGAUCUGAUCUUCAAACUCGGUUUUUAAAACGAUGGACAUGUUGGACAUGGUAUUACAACAAACAGACUGUCGACAUUCCGAGAGAGAGGCAUAUUACUACUACCUCACUGACUUUCCUCCAAGACAAGAGACAGGAUGCUACAGUGAGGUGAAUAUCUUGGUUCUCAGUGAGGUUACUACCAAAUCUGUCUCUAUGAAACUGCGGCGCAAGACAGUCCUGAGAAGCAGAAGGCUUCAACAGCAAGAGCAUGUGAAGGACUCUGUGGUGCUGAGUGACACUGACUCUAGUGUGGAGGAUAUAAAAGACAAUGUGUCUGUUAUUUGUGAUAUGAAGCGGCCAGUAAGGAAGAGUAGAGCUGGUGCAUCAUGUCGAGCGAGAAAAGAUUAUGAGAGACAGCUUUCUGAUGUGGAACCACAACAUGGAGCGGUUCAGAAGAUCUCCCUGGCUCCAGAUGCAAUCGCUGAGGACACUCUAGGGAAACUCAGGCUGAGGGCUAACACCUCUGAGACCAAGACUGAGGUUGAGUCUCGAGGAGAGCUUGAGUCUGUUUUGGACGAAUCCAGUACCGAUCUCACGGUGGAAUCGGGUCCCAGCUCGCCCUCUUGUCAUGUUUAUACUGUAAGAUGCAGAGAAUGCCAGAGACUUUUCGCAAAGAUGAGAAAACAGCCGACCCCAAAACAGAAAAGCAAAGAUACAAGUAAACAUUUCAGAUGUGCUGUUUAUAGAAAUGAGACUCUGAGAGAUCCAGCAUCUUUAUCUUGUGAUGUGUGGGUUCUGCUUAAGAAGUGGCACCCUCAGAGACGCCACCAUCGGGAGAAGGGAUUAUUGUGGACAAGCCUGAGUCGGAUCAGGAAGCUGUUAGCAGGAGGCUCUGAUUCUUCAGUCAUCAACACAGCUCAAGCAAACUGCUCCAGACCUCAUGUGUUUCAGCAGAGAAAUUUGCGUCGCUGCAAGGAUCUGCUCUCCAUUCAGACCAACCUGUCCAUUAACAAAGCCAAACCACGGCAUCGUAAGAGGUCACGAUCUGUGGUCUGGCCGCCCAUCGCUGGCUGGCAGUCUUCUGUGAAAAGGAAGCCUUCCUUGAACAGCACAUUAUCUCAGCAGCUUUAUCCACUCGACCUUAGUGUGAAGCAGAAGGACAAACUUCUUGUAGAUGACAAGAUUUCAAGAUUAAAUGCAGAUUUGAAGCAGAACUCAGAGGUCUCUAGCAAACAGAGGACGACUAAUGUCCGGGGUAAAUCGAACAAGCAGGAAGUGUCUGAUGGCAUAGACGGAACGCGGCGGGUGCUGAAGUUUGAUGACACCACUAAAACUGUUGCUGUGGAAACAGCGGAACAGAGGAAAAGCCCUCGGCAGAAGCACAAACGUGGAGAGAUUCGUGAAGCUCAGAAUGGUUUCCAGAAUGAGCAGCAGGAAGAGAUUUCUGAGGAUUUGGAUGGGUUCAGGACACCCACAGAUCUGUUCAGCGUGAAGCCCAAGAUUAAACGAGGGAACCAGAAGAAAGUGUCUGCGUCUGGUGUUACAAAACCUGCCGUACAGAAGCCCAACUUCAUGUCAAUGUUAUCCACACUGGUGAAGAAUCAGAACCAGAUUAUUAAGGAAUCCUGCAAAUGAGUCUCUAUUGAAGUUUUAUAAUUAGGGCUUUUAGUCAUUUUGUUUAAUUGAAGAGACACGUCACAACUGUAAAGGUUUGCUAAUUCUGUUAAUAGAUAUCAUCAAAAGUCUGCUGAUGUUUAUUUAUUGUUCCAGUUGUUUGUGUUCUAACAUUAGCAUUUGCAUGAGUAAAUAAGUCUUGUUUUAGUAUGCUGUUGACUUCACAGUGGCUUGAACCGCAGUUACUGUAAUAACCACAGAGUGGAGCUGUUUCCAAAUAAACUUGCAUAUCUUCA